ACGUCAAGCUGGCGCAAUUGCAGUAAGUGUUAACUGUUGACGAGAUUGUUGCGCGCAUCGUCGCUUGUUUUGCGCGUUGUUGCAACAAUAUCGAGAUAUUUAUGAUCAAUCAAAAUGUUAUACAAAAGUCGUUACUUGUUGAGACAUUUUCGGCCCUUCGUGAAAUUUUAUCACGAAGACGCUUUUGUUAUUGGCAACCCACCGGAUACGAGUUCAGCGAUCUAUCAGGAAAAUUACGCACAAAUGAAAACUCUGGUUGACAAAUUGAAAAACACAGUGGAAAAGAUAGUCGAGGGCGGUGAGCGGAAAAGCAGAGACAGACACGUAAGCAAAGGAAAGCUAUUACCACGAGAUCGAAUAAACACUCUGUUAGACAAACAUUCACCUUUCCUAGAAUUUUCACAAUUAGCUGGAUAUGAUAUGUAUGGUAAAGAAGAAGUGCCAGCUGGUGGACUUAUCACUGGCAUUGGCAGAAUAGAAGGUACUGAAUGUAUGAUAGUGGCAAAUGAUCCCACAGUGAAGGCUGGUACUUAUUAUCCCAUCACAGUAAAGAAACAAUUGAGAGCUCAAGAAAUUGCUGAAGAAAACAGACUACCUUGUUUAUAUCUAGUUGACAGUGGAGGUGCAAAUUUACCUAGACAGGCUGACGCGUUUUCUGAUAAAUUUCACUUUGGUAGAGUUUUCUAUAAUCAAGCAAACAUGAGUGCUAAGGGAAUAGCUCAAAUUGCAGUGGUUAUGGGAAGUUGCACAGCAGGUGGUGCAUAUGUACCUGCUAUGGCAGAUGAAAAUAUUAUUGUUGGUAAUCAAGGUACAAUAUUUCUGGCGGGUCCACCGCUUGUAAAAGCUUCCACUGGUGAAGAAGUGUCAGCCGAGGAGUUGGGAGGAGCUGCGCUUCACUGUCGUCAAUCAGGAGUUACAGAUCACUUUGCAAUUGACGAUACGCACGCUCUACACCUCGCGCGUCGGAUUGUAAAGAGUCUAAAUCAACAAAGACCUAUGGAUGUGAAAAUUGCCAAGAAUAUCGAAGUACCUGUGCACAACGUAGACGAAAUCUACGGCAUUGUCGGAACGAAUCUGAAACGUUCGUUUGACGUGAAAGAAGUCAUUGCGAGGAUCGUGGACGGGUCAAAAUUCCACGAAUUCAAAGCGCAAUACGGUGAAACGUUAGUCACCGGAUUUGCAAACAUUUAUGGCUAUCCUGUGGGAAUAGUCGCGAAUAACGGUGUGUUAUUUUCCGAAAGUGCUCUGAAAGGAGCUCACUUCGUACAGCUUUGCUCUCAAAGAAAAAUCCCUCUUAUCUUUUUGCAGAAUAUCACAGGAUUUAUGGUGGGCAAAGAUGCAGAAUUGGGAGGUAUCGCUAAAAAUGGCGCGAAAAUGGUUACGGCUGUAGCUUGUGCGCAAGUGCCAAAAAUUACGAUAAUAAUCGGAGGUUCUUACGGAGCUGGAAAUUACGGAAUGUGCGGUCGUUCUUAUUCUCCGCGUUUCCUUUAUUUGUGGCCAAACGCUAGAAUAUCGGUAAUGGGAGGAGAACAGGCAGCUGGCGUAUUAGCACAAGUCGCGAGUAAUCAACGUGAGAGAGAAGGCAAACAAUGGACUCAAGAGGAAGAAACGAAUCUCAAAAAUUCAAUUAUAGAACAGUUUGAAAAGGAAGGCAAUCCUUUUUAUUCUAGCGCUAGACUUUGGGAUGACGGUGUGAUCAAUCCGAUCGACACGCGAGUCGUGCUCGGUCUGAGUUUGUCUGCAAUUUUGAACGCACCUAUACCCGAUUCCAAGUUCGGAAUUUUCCGAAUGUAAUUCGCAAAGUGC